GAUGUCUUCGGCCGUCGCUUGCUUUCCGUAGCUUCACUUUCCUGAAAACCGCUUCCACUUAUCGUUUCAUAGCGAACACACGGAGUUGGAGAAGGAAUGGCGGCGAGGAACGGACGGUGGAAGCCGGCACUACCGCCGGCCCCGGUGAUUCUCAACCUGCCCCGACGAUGGAGGCAGACGCGGGCGUCCGCUCCGCCGAAGCCGGGAUUAUGCCGGAAUCUCGGCGAUCUACUGGACGAGGAGCGCAGUGCGAGGCCACCGGAGCCGGCGCCGUCGUGCUCCUCGGGCGAGAGCGUGGGAGUUUCCGGGGCCGAGGAUGGGUGGCGGUUCCAGGCGGAGAUCCUUCGCGCCGAGUGUAACUUCCUGAGGAUGGAGCGGGAGGUGGCGCAGCGGAAGCUGGAGAGGAACCGUGCUCAAAUGGAAGACGCACUGAAAUCCGCCAUGGAGAGCCUAGUCUCGGGGAGGAAGAAGAUCGACGGGAGCGAUGGCGUAGGGGCGGCGCUAGACGAGGGGAUCGAGCAGCUGAAGGAGAAGCUGGAGCAGUUCAAGUUCGGGAGCAGUGACAGCAGGAGAAGAAGAAGCUCCCGCAAGCUGCUGCGGAGGAGUUGCAGAGGGAACUUUGACCGGCGGGCGUCGGUGCUUCGACGCAAGCUGGAGAAGAUGACGGAAGACACCAGCGUGAAGGACAUAAAAGAGAUUUCCUUGCCAUCCUUGCCAAAGAAGGAUCCAGAAGCUGAACAGCCAGAACAAGCUGAGAGUGAUACUCCUGAUUCGAAUCAUGGUCGCCAGUUCCCCGACGAUAUGGAGAAGCUGAGGAGGAAGAUGGAGGGGAUGUCCAGGGGGAUGUUGGAAAGAAUGGAGGAGUGCAGCUACUUGCUCUCCGCCAACAACAGAAACAACAGUAGCGCCAUUAGCAGCAGACACAACAUUGUUGCAUACAGUGAAGCAGCAGGCAACUCCUUUCUUCAUCUCCGGCAGAAGCAGCAGCCCCCGCAGGAGAAGCUGGUUCUGUGGUUGCAGCGGGAGAAGGAGAAGAUGGGUCUAGUGAGCUGCUGCAGUUGCAAGGAGGCGGUCGGGAGGAUAAUGCAGCAGGUGAGGGCGGAGUCGGAGCAAUGGAGUCAGAUGCAGGAGAUGUUGGAACAAGUCAGGGUAGAGAUGGAAGAGCUUCGAUCUUCUAGAGACCACUGGCAGCGACGAGCAAUUGUAUCUGAGAUCAAUUUCCAUUCCCAACAUACUCAAAAGCUCGAGUGGAAGCAAAGGGCACGAUCAUCCGAACGCAAAGUCAUUGAGCUGGAGAAACUUGUGUCGGAGUUGCAGAAAGAGCUCCAGCCAUCGAAAGGCAAGCUUCUGAAUCCCCCCACUGCCUCCGCCCCUCUGCACUUGGAGCUACGCACUGCAGAGUCACGAAGGGGAGCUAAAGACCAGCAGAUGAGAUCGCUCAACUCGUGCAAGGAGGAAAAGCGUGUUCUCGUCCAUCAGCCCAAGUCACACAACCAUUUCACCAGACGCUCACCAUUGCAGAACAUCGAUAACAUUUUUCCCCUCGGACCGAGAAAAUGAGUACGGAGUUCAGAAUAAUGGAGGCGAGAUGGUGAAGAUCUCAGCAUGCGCUACUAUGCUUCGGAGAAUGUUUUAUCCGUAGAGGUUAUACAUAAUAAUCAUGUUUUCUGUCCACCCAACUCGGUUUCGUUCCCAGUGAGGAAGAGUAAAUUGCUUUUCUUUUUUUA